AGUGGAGCGUAAAUCUCAAAUAUACUUUUAAACCAGUGUGCAUCCGUGUUUUUGUUGUAAUUGAAAGAGUUUGUGCUCCAAAAUGAUUAGUAGUGUUAAAUAGGCUACUGACGUCUUAAAGCAAAUUGCCCUGCACGUGUUCAAGAGAUAUCUGUACUUUGUAUUUCCAUUGUUUUGUUUUAAUGUAAAGUGUUUGUAGUUAUUAUUAGUGUUGAAUAACGACGUCUAAAAGCGAUUUUCCUUGUUGGAGAGCUUUCUACUGUCGGUUUACUCAGGACAUUUAACUUAUAAAUAACAGUAAGUGAGGUUAUCAGCACUGUUAACCAGUCCAGUAGAUUAAAGGUCCUUCUCUAACAUGUCGACAGCUCGCGAGCUUCUGGUCUUCUCUUUCAGCCUUCUGACUUUGUCUGAAAUAACACGUGGACUUCUAAACGGGUCGGGUGUCGUCAGAGUGGUUGUGAAAGAAGGGAGUGACGCCAUUUUACCCUGUUCCCUCAGCACCAAGGAGAACGCUGAGUCAAAGCUCUUUGACUGGAAGAAAGAUGGUGGGAAGGAGGUUUUCUUUUACGAUGCAGGCCUUCAUUACAACAACGGCCGUCCAGGUCAAGAUCAGCAGUUCAAAGGUCGCGUCUCACAUUUUCAAGAUGAGCUGAAGUACGGAAACGCCUCCAUCAUCAUCAGAAAAACAAAGGUGACCGACAGAGGAGACUACACCUGUGAUUUUCCACGUCUUCAGCCAAGACAAAUAUUGAAAAUUCAGCUUUUUGUUGGUGCAGCUGCAGAGCCUUCCAUCACGAUAGUUAAUAUCACAGAGUUUGGGGUCCUGCUGCAGUGUGAAGUUCGAGGUGCUUCUCCAAAACCUACAGUAGAGUGGCAGGACGGUGCUGGAAACAAACUUCCUGCUGAGGAGCCACAGGUCUCAGAAAGAGGAGGCAGCUUCUACAUCACCCUCCAAACUACUGUGAAGAAGACCGUCUACUGUGUAGUCGAGCAGGAGGACAUCGGCCGUACGAUCAGUACUAACAUCACUGUGCCAGAGAAACUGUUUGAGGACACAUACAGCAGAGUCUUGUGCUUUCUCGUCCCUCUCCUCUCUCCUCCUUUCACUUCCUGCAGGUUUUCUGGCUCUGGAGCUGUGGAGUCUGGAUCUGUGGUUGCGACUCAAAUGCUGCCCC